AUGUCAGUCAGUACGCUCGAAAGUGCCGCUGAAGCUGGACGCCCACUGGACACGGAGAUGGUGCCUGACGCUCAAAGCCGUGCAUUUAGUCGACUAACAUUGGUCAGUGGUCCUCGUGAAUCGGGUUCUCGAUAUCCCUAUCUCAGAGGGGUUCCUUUGUAUAAUCUCAUCACAGCUCUAAUUGUUGGAAUGCUUCUCCUGGGCCUGGAUAUCAAUGUGGUCGCAACAGCCGUUCCCACAAUCUCGAACUACUUUGACAGUUUUAAGGAUGUGAACUGGUAUGGUUCAGCCUUCCUUCUGGCUCUAUGUGCAACGCAACCGCUUGCAGGCAAGCUGUAUACUUUAUUCCCAUUGAAAUACUUGUAUGUCGGUUUUAUGGCCAUCUUUGAGCUCGGAAAUCUCAUUUGUGCGCUCUCAACGUCAAGCAACAUGGUGAUCGCUGGCCGGACUGUUGCAGGGUUGGGAGCUUCAGGCCUUUUCAAUGGAGCAGUCGUUAUUCUGACAGCGUGCUCCCCUCCCAAGAUUCGACCUCUUGUAACAGCUUGUGGAAUCUCUAUGAUCGCAAUAGGGGGUAUUGUCGGCCCACUGAUUGGGGGUGCCUUUACUGAGCAUGUCAGCUGGCGUUGGUGUGAGUUUUUCUUUGCCUUGCUUCUCGGAUUUACAUAUUUUGGAUUCAUUCAAGGCUUUUGGGUUUUUCUCCCAUUUGGAGGCGUCACCAUGCUCAUUAUGCUGAUUCUCCGCGUCCCCGAGCAAACGAUCAAGCCACCAAUGAGCUCUGUUCUCGUCAAACUUCCCAGGCUCGAUCUCUUGGGCUUUGCUCUCUUCGCCAGUGCCUGUACCAUGUUUCUGACUGCCAUCAAUUGGGGUGGAGCAACCUACCCCUGGAGCUCGGCAAAAGGUGAUGAAGCCUUAAUUCCACCUCAUAUUCUUCGAGAGCGAAAUCUUUUCUUUGGCUGCUGGAUCUCCGGUCUGCAAGGUGGUGCCACUAUCAUGGUGGGCUACUACCUACCUUUGUGGUUUCAGGCUGUCAAGGGAGCCUCGCCGACCGAUAGUGGCCUCAUGAUGCUCCCGACAAUGGUAAGUCAGAUCCUAGGUUCAAUAACGUCGGGCGCACUCGUUCGCAAGCUCCAUUACGUUCCCCCUUGGGCAAUCAUCGGUAGUGCGAUGACUGCAGUCGGAACCGGACUCAUUACCACAUUUACAGCAGAUACGAGCAAGGGAAAGUGGAUCGGUUAUCAGAUCAUCGCGGGGUUCGGACGGGGUGCAGCGUUGAACAUGCCCAUCGUUGCAAGCCAAGAAUAUCUAAACCGCGACUCCAUUGCUAUUGCCAGUUCUGCUAUUGCUCUGUGUCAAUAUCUGACUGGGUCCGUUGCCAUCUCUGUGGCGCAGGCUAUCUUCCAGAAUCGCUUGACGCCAGCUCUGGAAAAGUAUGCGCCCAAUGUUGAUCCAGCAAUCAUCCUGGAUGCUGGCGCUACAGGAUAUGCCGAUGUUUUACCUGUUGGCCAGCUGCCCGGAGUUCGUUUCGCGUAUAAUGAAGCAUUGGUCAAGGUCUUUUUUCUCCCUACAGCCACUGCUGCUGUGGCUGCCUUGCUGAGCUUUGGCUUCUCUUGGAAGAAAAUUGGCGUAGAGGAGCACGAAGAAAUGCCUCCAGCUGUUUCAGACCAUGUCCAGAGUAAGUAG